AUGUCCAACUCACGAAUAACUACUCCAAUAAAGUCAUCUGCAAUCUGUGAAAAUCUCUCAAGAGAUGAUUCAAAUGGUGUUGAACCUCUUUCACCAGAUAAACGUCAUUCUGGUUUUCAGAAUACUAAGACACUGUCACUUUCGUCACAAUCGCCUAAUGGACGGAAUAUAAAUGUUGAUGAAGACGAGGAUCCAGAUGGUCCAGAAUUCGAUGUAAUGGCCGAAUUGGAUGAAGUUAAUUUGGAGGACUUUUUCUAUGAACUGAGAGAUGAUCGUGCUGUACGUGUAUCGAAGGUGGAAACGAAAAAUCUACACGCAGAUUUACGGGCACUGUUUAACUCUGGAGAGGAACGGGAAAAUUGUACUUAUAAAUCAAGGAGACCGUCAGUUCUAGCAAUGAAUGCUUAUCGCCAACGGCUAUUCCAAAUGAAUCGUACCACACCAAAUCAAAAGUUUAGUCAAACAGAGAAAUUUGACAUGACUCAUUACUUUCAAUCCUCCAUGCCUUGUACAACUUCAUCGGCGAACGUGAAUAAAUCUGUUGUUUCAAUCCCACGACGCAAAAGAAUCGCAUUAACAAAUACAGAACUAGUUCGAUUAGAACGCCAAUUGGGAAUGCACAUACAGUUGUUGACUACAAGUUUCCUGCUCACUUAUGAUUUUCCUGAUAUGCACGAAUCAACUACUCGACCAUGUGCAUCUCUUCUCAAAACUUUGGUUGCCAAGCGUCAGGCUUUUGAUUUAGUCGCGCUUCAAAAAAAAGUAUCCGGUGCAAUUCAUUCUGUAACUAGCUUCUAUUGGCGUUGUCCUACCCUAGACAUGGCUAUUGAUUUGAUUUCUGAUUACUCUGGAUUAUCUAUGCUUCCUCGUUUACCAUGGAAUCCUUAUAAGCAGGGAGUAGGACAUAUCUUGACUAAAUCGCAAUCGUUUGCCUUCCCGAUUCCAUACUGUUUAUUGGAUAUAAUGAUCAACAGUCCUAUUUGGUCUUAUGCUUAUUUAAUGCCUACCGUCUUGGGACCUCAUCCAAAAGGUCAUGUUCGGCUAGUAUUUCAUCCGUCAGAAGAUGCUUUGAUGAUAAUGGGACUGGCAGAUUUUUCAGGUGCUUUAAGCCGCUGUCGUGGAAUUCUUGAAUCUAAAAUGUCUAGUCAACGUUGCUUCUCAAGAAAUUUAAAGUCUAAAAAUAAACAACCAGGACGUUACAUUGCCUAUCGUUUAAUCGGUAGGUAUAUACUUCCACAUCGUACAUUUUUACAGCUGCGCUCUCGUCGAUGGAAUCUGUUAGCUAAUCGUGAUAGCAUAGAUAACGCAGGAGAUUCAAGACCAGUAUCAGUUGCCACUCGUUAUCUACUUCAACUAUAUAAGGAACUAAGUCAACCGGGUGAAGUAGACCUUAAACGGAUCCAACAAUAUGCUAAUGAAAUGAGUUCUCUUGCUAUUCCUCAUGGUAUACCACUGAUUACCUCAUGUUUAAGUGAUAGGAAUCCUCAGGAACUGUUUACUUUCGAAGGACUUCCGACUGAAGUAGGUUAUGAGGAUGUAUUAAGUUAUAAUAACUGCGGCGAAAGCAUAAAACGCAAGUUAGAUGUACUAACUGAAUUCACGCAAAAUGCAAACUGUUUUUGGAAAUCGCAGACGGAAAAAGCAUCUCGAAGUAAAGAGACAGAAACAAACUACUUGUCGGUUUUAGACGACGAAUCCAUGAUCAAAUUAGAACAAAAUAUCCAAUGUGAUGUUCUCGGUCCAAAUUACCUACCUGCUAUACCAGUUGACCUUAAUCCUGAUGGUACUGUGGUUCUCAGCAGAACUAGCGAGCCUGGUUUGGUUGAAGUUACCGAGGUCACAGAUGAGCCAGGGUCAAUUUCCAAUGAAAAGUCGACGAACUUACCAAGCUCAGAAAUACGGCAUGGUCGUGUUUGUCAGCGUAUUACAUCACAUCAUAUUGAAUUCAUCUUAGCCCGUAUUAACAAACGAAAGUCAGAUGGUUAUACAAAUAAAAAUGAAGCACGGAGCGUUGCAGAUUGCGAUAUUUUGAAUGGUGUUGUGACGUCUGGUGUUAGUGAUUUUAUUCAAGGCGAACAACAACUUAAUGAAGUUUCAAAUGUUUUCGAAUCUUAUUACAAUAAUACUGGCAAUGUAGCGCUAGAUGCAUGUCAAAAAGUAGCUGAUUCUUUAGUGAACACCUUUCAUCUCGGUUUCGAUAGAUUUUCCGGUGAUUAUGGAGACACAUGUUUUAGUUCAAAGAAGUUUAACCACAUUCUGAAGUCACCGUACAUCUUUAAUGCUGCUAAUACUACUUCGUAUCUGAGCCCUGGGUGCCCCAGUCAUGUCCAGCCUAUUCCGGACUCUCUAGUUUGUAUCAGUGAUGAGUGUCAGAGCCAACAAGCUGGUGUUUUCCCCAGUGCUUGUUUUGUGUCUUCCAGUCGUUUUAUUGCACGUUGUCGUGCACGUGGAGAUGCUACUUCAGCUGACCUUCUAACCUUGCCAUCUUCGGUUAUAGGUCAAUCACAAACGCUGGUGGAUGAAAUGGAUGUCAGGCGAGCGCGUUCCUUGUUAGAUCGAUGUCGAACUUAUUUAGCUCCUGCUGAUUACCGGUGUAUGAUGCGUGGCUUAAUGAAUCUUAAUCAAGCUGUUCAUUAUCCCACAUCAGCGGGUAGUAAUCAUGAUCAGCAGUCGAGCAGAAAUGAAGUCCUGGUAUCUCUUGCAUGUGUAUUGAAUUGUUUGAAAAAACAUGUACCAUUGUGGGAGGAUUUUGUUCGCUUUCUGACUCCAUCACAAGCCCGUAGUUUGGGUCUGCUGUCUACCUACUUAAAUUUAGCUCGCAUUGGUCGAGUUCAAAGGGUUUUGCAAGAUAUUGUUCCUCAAGAUAGGAGGUUUUGGAGACGACUGCGCAACUUGGCAGACAGCUGUAGUAUUAAAGCACGUUAUAUGCCAGUUAAAAAGAAGGUAUAUGUGGGUCCGAAUGGUGCGCCUGCUGAAUCUUCAAACACAUCCGAAAAUCCCAGCGGUUGCAGUGAAAGGGUAUCUGACGGAAUCCAGACCACCCACAAAUCGUCUAUGACAGAACAAUGUCCUGUGGUGGACAGCAAUCAGCCGAAGUCUCCACGUUCUAGAAGUGUGCAGCUGAAAGGAGGAGAUAUGCAUGAUUCGUUUGCCAAAGCGUGGUCAGUUCUUGAGCGCAGCUGGCGCAGUCGUCCUGUCCUGCUAUCUUGUAUCGCUAGUGUAAUUAACACCAGACACAAACCUUGUUCUGGUUUUGAACAGAGCUUCGAAGAGACAGAUGUACUUGCUAGAAAUCCUGUUGGGAUUCCAAAUGCUUCUGAUGAAUUGAAUCAAAGUGCAAGUGUUUGUAAUGUGGAUGAAUACACUCAUGAACUAGAAGCUGAUACCAACGUUCCUGUGAAUAAUCUCUCUCCUCACGUACAAUCUUUAUUUUCUGAUGGAUGGGAAAUAUGCACAGAUCUUUCUUCAGCUGCCUACAACCGCAAUAACCCGCUAGGAACAGCUUGGGCACGUAGGCAAUGUCCUUGUCUCUGUCAUCUAAAUGCCUCAGCUAAUAAGACUGCGGGUAUAAUGAAUCAAUCCGGAAAACCUGCAAAAGUGGAUUGUAUGGGUUUGAGACAUUGUAUUUCUUGUAGCCUAAGAGUGCAUCGUGGGACACUUUAUAUUGAUGAGUGUAAUCUCCACCUACGUCAUGUGCAGAUAACUUGGCCACUUGGUUUUAAGCCCAAAACUCGUUUACCUACAAGUAUUCCAUCAAGUGAUGCUCUUUCGACUCAAAACCAUCGUUUAACAACAAUGCAACAUACAUCAAGUAUAUCCACGCGUGUUGCUGUAAAUGAACUUGCAAAAGUACAUUCCAAAUCAUAUUCAUCAAAUAAAUUAUCGAAUCACUGCACUCGACUACCAGAUAUGGCUGGUAGGCGUGUUUCAGUAGAAUAUGUUCAUACACGUAAAUCGACCAUAUCAAUCAAUCAUGAAAUCAUCCCUUCAAAUAAUCACGGUUAUGGUGAUACUCUAGGAGCAGUUGAAAUCCAGUCACCGUGCGAUCUAACAGAUUUGAACCUAAGAUCAUUUCUUGAACAUAACGAAAGUGACUCAAUCCCACAGGAUCCACGCUCAAAAUUUGGCUAUUUAGAAAACCCUAUAAGCUGGACACUAGAUGACGAAGCUGCUUGCUUUAACACAGAGGCUUUUGCCUCUGUAUCAGAUGAGAACCAUGAGUGUGAAUUCCGUGUAUUUAGUAACAGUGAUAUGGAUGACUGGACCCCAGAAGAAGACAGUACUGUGGUUCUCAGCAGAACUAGCGAGCCUGGUUUGGUUGAAGUUACCGAGGUCACAGAUGAGCCAGGGUCAAUUUCCAAUGAAAAGUCGACGAACUUACCAAGCUCAGAAAUACGGCAUGGUCGUGUUUGUCAGCGUAUUACAUCACAUCAUAUUGAAUUCAUCUUAGCCCGUAUUAACAAACGAAAGUCAGAUGGUUAUACAAAUAAAAAUGAAGCACGGAGCGUUGCAGAUUGCGAUAUUUUGAAUGGUAUUGUGACGUCUGGUGUUAGUGAUUUUAUUCAAGGCGAACAACAACUUAAUGAAGUUUCAAAUGUUUUCGAAUCUUAUUACAAUAAUACUGGCAAUGUAGCGCUAGAUGCAUGUCAAAAAGUAGCUGAUUCUUUAGUGAACACCUUUCAUCUCGGUUUCGAUAGAUUUUCCGGUGAUUAUGGAGACACAUGUUUUAGUUCAAAGAAGUUUAACCACAUUCUGAAGUCACCGUACAUCUUUAAUGCUGCUAAUACUACUUCGUAUCUGAGCCCUGGGUGCCCCAGUCAUGUCCAGCCUAUUCCGGACUCUCUAGUUUGUACCAGUGAUGAGUGUCAGAGCCAACAAGCUGGUGUUUUCCCCAGUGCUUGUUUUGUGUCUUCCAGUCGUUUUAUUGCACGUUGUCGUGCACGUGGAGAUGCUACUUCAGCUGACCUUCUAACCUUGCCAUCUUCGGUUAUAGGUCAAUCACAAACGCUGGUGGAUGAAAUGGAUGUCAGGCGAGCGCGUUCCUUGUUAGAUCAAUGUCGAACUUAUUUAGCUCCUGCUGAUUACCGGUGUAUGAUGCGUGGCUUAAUGAAUCUUAAUCAAGCUGUUCAUUAUCCCACAUCAGUGGGUAGUAAUCAUGAUCAGCAGUCGAGCAGAAAUGAAGUUCUGGUAUCUCUUGCAUGUGUAUUGAAUUGUUUGAAAAACCAUGUACCAUUGUGGGAGGAUUUUGUUCGCUUUCUGACUCCAUCACAAGCCCGUAGUUUGGGUCUGCUGUCUACCUACUUAAAUUUAGCUCGCAUUGGUCGAGUUCAAAGGGUUUUGCAAGAUAUUGUUCCUCAAGAUAGGAGGUUUUGGAGACGACUGCGCAACUUGGCAGACAGCUGUAGUAUUAAAGCACGUUAUAUGCCAGUUAAAAAGAAGGUAUAUGUGGGUCCGAAUGGUGUGCCUGCUGAAUCUUCAAACACAUCCGAAAAUCCCAGUGGUUGCAGUGAAAGGGUAUCUGACGGAAUCCAGACCACCCACAAAUCGUCUAUGACAGAACAAUGUCCUGUGGUGGACAGCAAUCAGCCGAAGUCUCCACGUUCUAGAAGUGUGCAGCUGAAAGGAGGAGAUAUGCAUGAUUCGUUUGCCAAAGCGUGGUCAGUUCUUGAGCGCAGCUGGCGCAGUCGUCCUGUCCUGCUAUCUUGUAUCGCUAGUGUAAUUAACACCAGACACAAACCUUGUUCUGGUUUUGAACAGGUGAGCUAUCACGUGAAUACAUGCUUUUACUUUUUAACAUACUGUAACUUUUUUGUCUUAAUGUAAGAAGUCUCAAUGGUGUACAUAUGUCCAACUAAAAUUAUAACUCAGGUAUGAUGCAAUACAUGUCAAAAUCUAAGUAAUCAUAAAAUUUAGCUGAUCAACAAUAGUCACAUGUAUGUUUUGUUAUAAUUGUUUAUUACGAGGUAGAUGAAUGUAUAGAUCUUACAC